GUGAUUCCCAUCAUGUAGUCUACAAAAGCCGUGCGCAAAAAUAUCAUAAUGAUAUACUUCUGGCAACCUGGAGAAGAGUGUUUGGCUUGGAUAGAUAGGGACUCUCAGAAACAGUUUCAACCCGAAACAGAACUUCCAGUUUUCACACUGAUUAAGGAAGUUUAAAGGGAUUUUCAUAACAUCGCGUCUCAUCAUUGGUGUGCCGUGAAGACCACCUGACCUGAUUUGACAGGAGAUCAGAUUUAAAGAGUUCAUAAGCUCUUCAAUUCAGGUCAUACAACUGGUGGGGAGAUACAAGUACAAAGUAUUUGAAGAAAUACAUUUCAGGUGAUGGAAAAUUCAUCAACAGUAUCAUCCAUCAUACUGUCUGCAUACUUUGGAAUGGAGGAUCUUAAGUAUUUGUACUUCAGCAUUUUCCUUAUUUUGUACAUUGCAAUUGUUGCUGAAAAUGUCAUUAUAAUUGGAGUAAUCUACACUGAGAAAACAUUGCAUCAACCAAUGUAUUUCCUGGUGUGUAACUUGGCAGCAAAUGGUCUCUAUGGUAGCACUGCGUUGCUGCCAGCACUGUUGAAAAAUGUAGUUUCCCACCCUAGUGAGGUAUCUCUAGCCGGCUGUCGAACACAGAUCUAUUGUAUACAUACAUAUGCUAUUGUUGAAUUUACAAUUUUAGGAGUGAUGUCUUAUGAUAGGUAUGUUGCUAUAUGCCAUCCACUGCGAUAUCAUACCAUCAUGUCUCUGACAAAAGUGUAUAAACUUGUAGCAUUCACCUGGAUUUACCCUUUGGUAGCAUUUCUCAUCUUUUUCAUUAUAACUCUUCAACUGAGAUUUUGUGAUAAAACUAUAGAUAAAUUAUACUGCAUCAAUUACUCACUUAUAAAGCUCUCCUGUACAAAUACGUCUGUUGUGAACAUAAUAGGAUUAAUGUCUGUGGUUUUGUAUAGUGUACCACAGUUAGUUAUGAUAAUUUACUCAUAUGCACAUGUCCUGAGAGUCUGUGCAUUAUCUUCCAAAGAAUCCAAACUCAAAGCACUGCGAACUUGCACUCCACACCUGUUUGCUAUUAUCAACUACUUUGUGGGUUGCUACUUUGAAAUAUUGCAAAGCCGAUUUGACACAAGUCAUUUACCUUACAGAACUCAAGUGUUUAUGUCACUUUACUUUUUGAUAUUCCCUCCCAUUCUUAAUCCAGCAAUCUAUGGGUUAAGUAUUCAAGCCAUAAGAGUGAAGCUGUUGAAACUUUGUUAUAAUAAGAAUAGGAUAUUGUCAAUACAGUAGCCAAGGAUGUUGAUUUGAUUUCCAUUGUACAUGUUUCUCUAUUUAUCUAUAAUGUUUGUAUUGUGUUGAAGUAAUAGUAUAGAUUACACUGGUUGUACAUAUAACAUAGAUAUUAUAUAUCUAACAAUCUAUGAAAUGUAAUAAACUGCAGAACAUCUUCUUAAUGCUGUUUUAUAAUAAAAUACAUAAUCAUGGAAUUACAUUUUUCUUUUGAAGGAGAUGGUUUUUCGGAUGACUGCCUUGCCUGGUUCACCAAUUACUUUGCAGACAGAGUUCAGUGCGUCAAAUCGGAGGGCAUGCUGUCUGGUCCUCUGGCA